UGUAGUCUUUUUAUUUGAAAAGGGGCUGUCCAAUGAGGCGGAGCUUGAGAGGGUUAGUGUCGAGUGAUUGAUAACUCCGUCGACCAAUACGGAUUACCAUCUCUCCUCAGAAAAACCUUCAUAACUACAUCGCCAGCCAGAUAUGUACAUAAUAGCGUCAUAAUUCAUGAUUCUAUUUUUUACAUAAAAUCAUUUGGUUCUGAAGCUGGAGGUCUGAAAACCGAAGACUGGCACUCCUCAGAGUCUCACGAUGGACAACUCGCAGCCGGUGGCGGAACAAAAGUCCCGUAUUCAGGGAGGUGUCACCCUUGAGCAAGCCAGGCCGCUGCUCAUUGGCCCCACUGUCCUCAUGACAGACGUCUUCCGAGCCCAAUGGCCUCCCCACAGGAGGCGGGUCUCAUAUAGGGGGCCUAUUGGCGUCUGCGUCGGCUCAACCAAUAGAGUCAAGGCAGGGGGCGUGGCGGGAGGUUUGAAACUCGGCGUCGGGAGUUGAGGCUCGAGCUUCUGUGCAUCCCAAAGAGGAAUUGGGGCCCGUCGUUGUUUCCACAGAGGCCUCUGGCCCAGCGGCGGGGAGGUUCCUGAGCUGGGAGCAGGGAAGAUCGGGUGGUCUGGAGGCAAGAGAUCGGACGCGGUCGCGGUAAUGGCUGAGACCUGAGUCAUUUCUCACAGGCGUCCCCUCCUCGCCCCGGGCCGGGCCCCGCCCCACCUUCUUUCUCCUGGUUGAGAUGGGCUCAGCCAAGAGCUCCCCGGUCACUCCGGCGCGGCCUCCGCCGCACAACAAGCUUCUGGCUCGAGUGGCGGACCCCCGUUCACCUAGUGCCGGCAUCUUGCGCACUCCCAUCCAGGUGGAGAGCUCUCCACAGCCAACCCUACCAGCAGGGGAGCAGUUGGAGUGUCCUAAUGAGGCCCAAGACUCAGAUCCCCGCUCUCCUACCCUUGGCAUUGCACGGACACCUAUGAAGACCAGCAGCGGAGAGCCCCCAAGCCCACUGGCGAAACAGCUGAAUGAAGUCUUUGAGAAAGAAGCCUCCAAAUUGAAUCGUCCUCCAGAGCUUGUUCUGCCCCUAGAGGCAACUUCACCUUCCGAAUUGAACUUGCCUCUGGGCACCCAGUUUUCCCUUGAGGACCGGAUGCCACUCUGGAGCCAGACUGAGCUCCCCUCCAAGCAGGUGUCCUCCAAGGAGGAAGCAGGACAGCCCUCACAACCCCCCACGGCCAGCCAGGGCUCAGACAAGCCCUUAAGAGACCCUGAGACUCCCCGAUCUUCAGGUUCUAAGCACAAUAGACGGAAAGGAAAUGGCAAGGUACUAGGGAGAUCUCCCCUCACCAUCCUACAGGAUGACAACUCCCCCGGAACUCUGACACCACGACAGGGUAAGCGGCCUCCUCCCCUGAGUGAAAAUGCUAGGGCACUAAAGGAAGGGGCCAUUCUGGGAACUGGACGACUUCUGGAAACCGGAGGCCGAGUGUGGGAGCAGGGCCAGGACCAGGACAAGGAAAAUCAGCACUUUCCAAACUUGGUGGAGAACUAGGCCGUGCGUGGCCCCAGCACCGGGUUCACCAGGGGCCUGGUGAUGUUGUGUCCUCACAGCCCCUUCUUUCCCUGGGAGACUGGAAAGGCUCGUUGUCUUCCACUCCCCCUAAACUACCAACUCGGGGGACCGAGCACUUUCUUAGGCUUUAUUUGUGUCUCGUGUGUUUCUUGUAUAUUAAAGAAAGUGAUUUUAAAUUA